AUGUAUAUAGGUUAUCCGGUUAAAGAGGACUCUUCUGUCUUUGUCUCCACUGUAGCCAUUGCCUCAGGAGAGGAAGACAAGGUGUCCUUUCAUAAGGCCAGCGGUGACACCCCACAGGAGUACAUAAUGUUUGUGAAGUGGAAGAAAGUUGUGUAUGUUGAGCCAUCUAGGAGAGUUAAAGAAAUACUCGAAGAAGAGCUUUCUUUCCGGAAAGAAGCGUGCCAUGUCAAACACCCAGCUGCAGCGGCUCUGGAAGGAAUUUGGAGUGUGAAAAAGAAUUUCUCCCUUGGAAACCUGAAACAAGUGUCGCAGAACAGAAACGGUUUACUUUUACAGCCACAAUUCUACUCAAGGCAUGGAGGAACGAAAAAUUGCUGAACUUUAGUGCUGUGGAGACCUGAGCCUGUUUUGAUGUCUCAAAUCAAACAUCAAAAUGCCUAGCUGCCUUUGGAAAUGUAGAUCGGUAUUUCUAAAAUUUUGAAGAAAGUUCUGCUUGGAUAGGGAGCUGUUUCCUCUUUGCUUGUUUUUUAUUCAUAUCCUCAUGCUGCUUUUUAAUCUGAUGUUGUAGUAGCCAAAUCUGAUCCGUAUUUCAGCCAGUGAUGAGUCUGUCACAAUCCAAAGACUACAAAAUGGUUUUGCUGACAAGAACAUGCUACUGUGAAACUUGACAUUUUCAUAGGCUUCUCUGUUGCAAAGUGAUUCUAAGUUCCAGCAGAAGAUUAUAAUGUAAUUUAAG